GGAGAGAGAGAGGGAGGGAGAGGGAGGGAGAGGGAGGGAGGCAUCAGACGGAGCUCUGGCUGCAGACUGGUCCGGAUCCCUUUCGCCGCCUCGGUCGCUUCAGACGCAUCAGGUCUAGCAGCGAGACACUGAAGACGCUCAGCAUCACGACAGAGGAAGGAGAGAUCCCAGGCUUGGUGGCUACAUGCUCAGCUCUCUUUGGCUUUGAGGAAAACAAUCGUACGAAUCAGCAGGAACCAUGGAUUUUGUAAUGAAACAAGCUUUAGGUGGGGCCACCAAAGACAUGGGUAAGAUGCUGGGUGGGGAGGAGGAGAAGGACCCGGAUGCAGCAAAGAAGGAGGAGGAGCGGCAGGAGGCGCUGAGGCAGCAGGAGGAGGAGAGGAAGGCCAAACAUGCCCGCAUGGAGGCGGAGAGGGAAAAAGUACGGCAGACCAUCAGGGACAAGUAUGGGCUGAAGAAGAAGGAGGAGAAGGAGGCGGAGGAGAAAGCAGCCAUGGAGCAGGCCUGUGAGGGGUCGCUGACACGUCCGAAAAAGGCAAUCCCAAGGGGCUGUGGAGAUGAUGAUGAGGAGGACGAGGAGAGCAUCCUCGACACUGUCCUCAAGUUUCUGCCCGGACCUCUACAGGACAUGUUCAAGAAGUAAAAAAACAAAACAAAAAAGAAUCAAACGAACCCUAAAUUCAGGGUCCAGUCUGGCCUGGGGCUAGGCUGCGGGGCAAAGGGAGGAGGGGGACUUUGUGUCAAGGAAGACAGACUGGGGGACUUGAAUCGGUUGGGGUAUUUGUAAGCCUGAGGGGUAUGAGUGUAGAUCUGGGAGAUGUAGAAGUCACUGAGAGAAAACCGGAUUUGGGCGGGAUGGGGGGUUGGAGGUGGGGGGGUUCUUGCCAAACUGUUAGAGGCUACACACUGCCUUUCUAGAAAUCUUUUACUUUGUUCUUUUCUACUCCUCGACGACUGCGUCAUUCUUCCCCCUUUAAUUUGCCACAGUUGCUGUACAGCCUCUCAACUGCCACUUAGCACACUUCUUACUAUUAGUAUGUUUUUACACCCAUUAAGAUCAGACAUUUUGAUUGGUUGGCCAUCAAUGAUGACCAAUGGAGAACAGUAUUCCCUAAAGAAGGGCAGUGGACUCCUCUGUCCUCCAGACUCUGUGGUUUUUCAAACGGCAGUGCCACCAUGUUUUCCAGUAGAUGGAGCAUGUUUUUAUUUAUUUCAGUGGGUGUUUUCUACUUUUAUGAACCUGGUGUAGGUCUUUAUAUUAAAAAGAAAUAAAAUCAGCAUUUGAGUUUUUAGGACAUGUGCCUUCAUAUCAUCUCCUCUGGCAGAGGAAUUGUAAAUGAGGGUUUCAUUUCGAGUCAAACAGGUGUACAGUUGUUGGUAGCAUGUAGACGCGUUCAAAGACACAAGAUCAGACACUUUUGGAAUAAUGUAUUUGAUGUUUGGUUGGCUUAGCUGGUGUAUUUUAGAGUUUCCAAAAGUUUAAACUUGGGGCUUCUGGAAAUUCCAGACAAAGUUUUGAAGGCUUAACAGUCAAAAAACAAUAUUUUAAAAACAGAAUUCACAGGAUGCGAGCUUCCAAAUAUCUGUUUGCUGGAGAAAAAAGGUUUAAUUUCCUUCCUACUUCCACCUGUAGUUUUACUGAAGAUAGACUUUCUAAGCCUGUCAGCUGGUUAGAAAAGUAAAAUCUUGAACACAUCAAGAACUCAUGUCUGUAUGUGAAUUUUAAAUCAAAGGAGUUUUGGAAUAGACGCUACUUAGGUCAAGACAUCGUCCACGCAAGCAAAUCCUUUAAAUCCCAUUUUCAAAAAUAAAACUUCUUUUUGUCCAAAAUAAUAAAUUAAACAAAGUAAAGGUCAAACCAAGUCAUCAUGAUUUUAGGUCGUGUGGUCCUCAUAGACAAUCAAAGCAUUAGCCACUGGAAAACAGUUGGGGUAGCCGGUAUUGUUCAUGUUGUCAUUUCCUGUCGCACCAUCUGUGAUUGGUUAAUAGUGGGUUCUACAUUAAGCACUUGAUUAUUUAUUGCUAUUAAGUGGCUCUUAAUUUGAACUAUUUAUUCAUAUUUUCUUUUCCUUUUUCUUGUUUACACAUGAAUGCAAGUAUCAGGAAAUGCCUGGGUGAAUGUGCUGCCAGUUUAUUUUAAUGCAACUAAAAAUGUGAUUUAAUUCACAUUUCACACUGAGCUGAACUUUCUCCUCAUUGUUUAAUGCAUAAGUUUACUUUAUCCAUCAACAUCAAGACCAAAGAAAUACUGGUGAGACCCUUCUAUUUCUUUCGUCAUCGCAGAGACAAAGACAUGCAAGUCCAACUUGGUUUUUAUUGUGUGCGUGAGGCCCAUUCAGCGUGUGCAUGCAUCCCAAAGACCACCGCUAAAAUAAAAUGAUUACUCUCCUGUUUCUGUAAAAGUACUCCACGGCUGAAUAAGACCAGAUGAUUUAAAUGAAGACUGAGCCUGAGAAAACUGGUCUGUGAGUUGUCGCAUCUCACUGCCUGAAGAGCUCCUGUAGAGCUGAGUAUAUUCUGCAUCCUGCAUCUCUUAAUCCAACAAAAUAUCAUUGUGAUUUGUUAUAUAGCAUUUAAGUAGAUGUGCUGUAAAUGGAAACAACCUCUAUUUAGUGAAACUACCUUAAUAUAUGGACAUGUAUCGAUAAAACAAAGCAUGUUGGUUAUUCCUAAAUGAUCCGGUGGCUUCUCAGUGGUUAGUUAUGCAGCGAUGUACGAUUAAUACAUUGUUCCAUGAGUUUGUAAUUUAGAAUACCUUUAAGGGUUAAUAAGACUAAUGAUGAAGUUGUCAUAAUCAUUAUACAAACAUUUUCCUUCUUUUCAUUUUCUAGCUCAGAUAGGAUUUUUCACUAGACAAAGCCAUAUUGUUUAGAUUGCAAUAAUUACUUAAAAUGAUAAAAAGAGAAUAUUUCAGCAUUGAAAGUUAAACGUCUCAUGUUUGUUUUCUGUUUAAAAAAAAAGAAGAAGAAAGAUAUUUGCAUAUCUGUUUGUAAAUCCUCAGCAUUCUUGUAUCUUUAAACAUGUAUACUAAUGUAUACACAAAGGAAAUGUUUGUAGAAGAAGAAGAAGCCAUUGUUAUAUUUGUCUCAGUGUACUACAUGUACUGUAAGUGUGUGUGUUUCUAUGUGAGUGUCUUUCUACGUGUCUGUGACGUGAGACCAUGUCGUUGAUUCAUAUAGUCCUGGUUUAUACUACGUAAAUGUGUCUUCAAACUACUUUGUGCACAGGCAGAAACUGGGGCGGCUCCCUGGUUGUGCCAUGUCUAAAAAAAAGAAAAGAAGAAGAAAUACUUAACACAUUCCUUUCAAAUGUUGCGCAUGCAAAUGUUUGGUAGAGAAGAGAAUACACCAAAUGUCAAGACAAAAAAAUAGACAAUUUCCUGUUUCUGUAGGAGUCUCCAGGCAACAGAAUCUGUGCAUUGGAUCCAGAAAGAUCAGCUGUGAUGGGCCUGUUGAGUGUUGGAUGUUCUUUGUCAUCUGAGUGGAGGACUGAUGAGGUUUAAGGCCGUGAUCACACAGGAGCUUGGUUAUCAGCUGUGGCCAUCGCUACAACAAACUCUAGCUGUGUCUAACUUCAUAAUAUAGUGGGUUCACAGUCAGAGAUGUCAGACUAAAUUCACUUGUUUUGGACACAGCGAUUAAAACCAUAUGAUCAGUUUAGCACAAUUGCUAAAGCAGGUUCGUUCCAACAGAUCACAGCUCACAGCACAGUACAAAAUUCCAGUUCGUACAAGUUAGCGCCUGGAUUUCUUGUAACAAUACCACCAAUUUGCAGUUUGGUUUGGUCUGUGAGGUUAAAGCAAAAUGAACACACACACUGACAUUGGGCAGUGCUGUUGAUGAUGAUGAUGAUGAAGAUGAAGAUAAUUUGAACUUGUUGAUUCUCCAAAUGAUCAGCAGAUUAAACUCAUCCUCUGUGAUCACGGCCUGAUGACAUCAACUCUAAGAUGAACUGAAGGCUUUUAAAAAGAAAAUGGGGGACGUGCAAUUCAAAAAAAGAAGAGAUACUCUAUUUGCUUUUUUUGAUAACUUGGUGUAGUACUAAAAACUGUUCUCCAUUAUAAGUACAUUAUGCUAAUUUUCAUGUCUCUAUAUCAGAGACCAACCUGCAGAGAGAUUUAUUUAAAUGCAAUCGCACUGCUCAUCGUCAUAAACUACUCACCCAUGUUGGAAUAAUGCAUGAGUGCCAGCAAUGUAGGAUAACAUGGUUGCAGUGCAGAGACAGAGAUGGUUAUGAGUGUUUGAGUUAUCUGAGGAGAAUCACUUUGACUUAUUUGAUUUAUUAAAUCAACACAGGGAUUCUUCCUGCACCCAGGGCCAGGCCAGUUUCACCUACAGCACAUGGAAUAAGCUUUUUCAAGCCUUGUAUCCCCCCGGGUGGAUAGGGAAAAAGAGGGGGUACAUAAAACCUGGACUAGUCUUAAUUCAUGGGCCCUUCAUGGAAACUACAGCCAUACAUCCUCUGUAUGUAAAAUAGUCUCUCAGCGGGACUCGUCUCGAGGCGUCACAGCAUGUGAACUGCCUUUGAAAAGGGCUAUUACCAUGUCAUCUGUAUGUGAGGUUAGUGGUAACUCAUCUGUCGCAUCUGUGCUUUGUCCUGACGUGAUGUGUUGUUGUUUUAACUCACUCUGGUUGCAUGAGAUACUUCAGUGUGGAAAACUGUGUUUGUAGAGCAACAUGUUGUUUUCAGAGCCACUCUGGGUUCUCAGAUUAGACCCAAUCCUUGGUUUUAUCAACAACAGCGUAAAAGUGAGGAGUUGUUUCUUUGAGUAGGGGGGUAUGAACAAUAAGGAUUAUUUUACACGGAAUAUAUAAACUGUAUUCCUAACACAGGAGUAGAUGUGGAUGAAUGGAAGAGAUGAAAACCAUGAGUGUAUAUUUUGAAAUGAAAGGCCUCAAAGACAUUAAACAGCUACAUCAGAUCUUGGCUGGUGUACCUCUGAAAUGUCUUAACUCAAAGGCUACCACUCAAGCUAAAGAGACUACAACUGAAAAAAAAAACAAAAAAAAAACUGGAUUAUCAAAGCAUCUUCUGUUGUCAGGAGCCCAGAAACAUCUGAGAAAAGAUCCGAGAAACAGGCUUGGCUCAGAACUGCCAUUUAAAACACACAACUCAUCACAGUUCCCUCAAAAAAAGAAAUAAAAUAAAAGAUUUUCCAUUAGGUUUGGUGAUUUUCCCAUUAAUAUAUCAACACAAAAGAAUUUAUACUGGCAGUGUGAAAAAGAUAUACCAUAGAUGUUUACCUAAUAAAUAGAACUUUAUUAAAUGCAAUGAGUGACUGAGAUGGAGAAAAAAUUUCAGAAUAAAAACAUUCCUUAAAACUUUAUUGUUCGAGGUUGGAUGUGACGAUGACGAUGCCAUAACGCUUGCCUUUUUCUAACAUUUCUGUGUAAAUAUAUGAAUAUUAUUGCAAAGGCCCUGCUGAAUCCUGCCAAUAGAUUUAGGCGUUUCACUGAGAUGUCACGUUAGCUCAUCUCAUUGCCAUGUUUACUUUCCCUCCAGGAGAAGUUGAGAUUUUGUUGAACUCUGAGCUGUGAGCACAACUUUUACUGUGAAGAAAAACUCUUUGAAUACAUUCCAGUCUCUUUGGCAUUUGCACUAGAAUAUAUUGAAAUGUUAUGUUGUCAAUGUUAUGGCAUCUAAGGAGUAAUCACAAUCAAAUGAAUAGUAAAGUUGAAAGGCAUGAGAGGUUAAAAAAAAAAUAAAAAUAAAACUGUCCCACCACCAUGAAUCAUGGCGUUCAGUACCCAUGGUAGGUCCCCAAAGUUUGUUCCAACCUAUACAGGUUUGCUGAUGAUGUGACUGUAUACACAUCAUUACACCACCAGCUCCAUUCACUGGCUGGUGAAUGGAGCUGGUGGUAUAUAUAUAUAUAUAAAGCAGGGACAAACAACUGAAAAGGGGAAUGAAGUUUUAUUCCUAUAACUGAACCAUGAAGGUUUUUCUUUUUAAUUCAGGGUGAAAAUAAUUUCAGGGUGCAGAGGUUAAGAAUGUAAAAUAUGAGUUCUUUUGCUAAUUUUUCCUUAAUUGCAUGUCAUAUACUCUAUGUGGAGCCCAAUCACUGUAAAACUGUCUCAUCAUUGGAACUGAAUCAUUCUUUUUGGAGAUUAAAUGCAUAACACUAAUAAAGAGGUUUCUAAAAAGCUCA